AAAAAUCGUUACUCUAUGUUUUGAAUGUUGAAUUAUAAUCGAUUGUAAACAAAUUUUCCUUCGCGACUUUGAAAUGAAUAAUUUAAUUCAAUAAACAUUAUUAAAAUGAAUUUCCCAAAGUCGUGUGACACAUUUGUCGUUCUAUCAAAUCAUAACAAAGAUAGAAGAGUUAUAUUUGGCAAAAAUUCGGAUCGUCCGCAAAAUGAAGUACAAGAAGUUGUUUUUAUUAAGGGAGGACUUAGAGAUAAGAAGCUCAAGUGCACUUAUAUAACUAUAGAAGAGAGUGCCAAUCCAGUAAAUGAUGUUAUACUAAGUAAACCAGCAUGGAUGUGGGGUGCAGAAAUGGGUGCUAAUGAUAAAAAUGUUGUAAUUGGAAAUGAAGCAGUUUGGACAAACAAUAAUGAUGGGGAUGGGGAUGCCAAAGAGAAGCGCCUCCUAGGAAUGGAUCUUCUUCGAUUAGGCUUGGAACGAGGAAAUACUGCUGAAGAUGCAUUAUGUGUCAUUACAACCCUUCUUGAAAUAUAUGGCCAGGGAGGUCCAUGUUCAGAACAUGAUGACUAUCAUUAUUACCAUAAUUCUUAUAUAAUUGCUGACCCUACUGAAGCAUGGGUACUUGAAACAAGUGGAAAAUUAUGGGUAGCAGAGAAACUAGAAAGUGGCUAUAGAAAUAUAUCAAAUGGUUUAACAAUCACUACAAAAAUUGAUAAACACUCUGAGAAACUACAUGAAAUAGCAAAAUCAAUGAAACUGUGGGAUGGAGAGACUAAAUUCAAUUUCACUGAAUGUUUCUCCUCUGGGGGUGAUGACAUAAGACAGGAAGAGGGAGAAAUACUCUUAAAAAAUUCCACAGCUGGAAUGUCAUUUGAUGUCAAAGAUAUGUUUUAUAUAUUGAGACAUAAAGAAAGUUUCAUUUGUCGUGGUUGUGAUGACUCAUACCCCACUCAAGGAAGCCAGGUAUCAAGUCUAUCCGCCAACAGCAUCAACAUACAUUGGUUCACAGGGACGCCUGACCCAAGCCAAUCUUUGUUCAAGCCUUUCAUCUUUACACCUAACCCUCAAGUCUCUCCUUAUACAAAGAGUCCUAAUGAGCCUCUAAGGGAGCACUAUUUAUACAGUCUUCAUGCAGCACGUGUAAUAAAAAGUGAUAAUGAGACAAUAAUUAAAAUAUUACAAGAUACGGAGAACGGAUACAUUGAUAAAAUUGAAGACUACAUAAGAACACUUGAUUCAGGACAUAGCACUUUACAUGAGCUUGACUGUAUUAUGAAGGAAUGUGUUGAAACUGAAGUUAAAUUAUAUGGUGGAUAAAAAUGUAGGUACUCAUAACUGUAUGUUAUUAUAAAUAAUA